AUGGAGGUUCCGGUUAUUAACAGAAUAAGCGAUUUUGACGUCGGUAUAAACGACCCCGCAUUAUCAUCUCGAGCUUUUGUUGUCUCCGGCGUCGGAAAGUUACAUCACGCUUAUAGUUUCUGGAAAUGGGGCGGUUUAUUGCUAAUUGCAUUUCUUGCUUCAUUCACCGCUUUGAGUACUAGGGUCAAGAGCUUAGUCCCUAGAUUAAGAAAUCAUGUAGACGUAUCUCUACCUUCUUCAGCUCUUAUCUACGAUUACGAUAGCGACUCCGAUUCUUCUUGCUCGUCAGACUCCUCGGACGAUGGGGAAGACGAAGAUUACGACGAUGACAAAGAACAUGACUUGGACACUUACGAUUUACGCGUUAGAGGUAAUGAUGAUGAGAAGGUUAUAAAUGGAAAUGUCCCCUGGAUGCGGCGGUGCAGUGGUAGCUUCGGAGAUUUAAUAUCUUGGCCGGAUCUUGGUGGCCUCGGCUCAAGCGGAGUCGUGAAGCUAUGGGACCAUCUUGAUGUCAAGAAAGAAGGAACGGUGGCUUCUUUCUUGAGCAACUGCGUCGCUGCUUCGUCGUUGUCGCCGGCGGUUUUAUUAGCGGCGGAGAAGAAAGGAUCCGACGCCGUCGUGGAAGUGAGUGCGUGGGAUGCACGUGCCGGAUUCGGGAUGCCGGCGUUGCUCGCGGAAUGGAGGCAGCCGGGGCGGUUACUCAGAAAGAUCGUUAGAGUCAACGCUGGUGACGUGGACAAGAUCUACGUCGGUGAUUAUGUCAGCGGGGAGAUCAUGGUGGGAGAUUUGAGGAUGGUUAACGAUGCGCUGACGGAAUUGACGGUUUCAGACGUCGUUAGUACGGUGAGCUGUAGACGGCGUCGUUGA